AUGAUGAAAUCUAUAAGUUCCGACGACUUCAGCCUCACCAGAAAUGGCGACUACGUGGCGUGGUUCGACAACGAGAUGCCGUUGUCGAAAUUGCCCUUUUGGAGCACGCUUUUGGCUUCGUGCUUCGGCUGCGUUAUCGGCACAAUAUGCUCGCUCAUCGUGAACUGCGCCUUGGUUGAGGUGUCUACCUCGCCGUUCUUCACUCUGUACUUCGCGUUCACCUUCAUCGUUAUCGGUAUCGUGAUUCUCUGGCGUCUGAACAUCUCGACGGCGGAGGUUGACGGUAAGCAGCGUCAGUUUCUCCGCUACUUCGGACUGAUGAGCUGGUUUACGCAUUUCCCGUUUGUGCUCAAGGUGGCGAUAUACACGCUGCUGGGCAUUUCGAUCUCCUUUGCCCUGACGUUCACCAUCGUCGACCUCGUCAACUACUUCAUCUCCAUGUUCGAGACUUCCGUCGCACGUCCGUUGGUCGAGUCGAAAUCGCAGGUUCUGGUUAUUUUGGUGAUCGCCUGCACCAUGGGUGCGGUGUUCGGGUUCAUGUUCGGUUUCAUGAAGGUUGAGGACGAAGCCGAGUAUCACAUCAAGCUUGCCUUGGCGAAGGAGGAAUCUUACACGUGGCCCGUUGGCGCCGUCCUGGGCACCCUGGCCGGGUUUUGCAACAACUACCUGCGCCACCAAGAGUUCUGGAGGUUCAACCGUGACAACGCGUACAACGUGGAGAUUUGA